CUAAGAUAUUUUACACAUACAUACAUUAUACACACAUUUAUUGUAACCGUGAUCAUGACAGCGUGCGCACAAGUUUAUUUAUAGUAACAUGACAGUAUAAAAUCUACCAACAAUUUUGGUAUCAUAACUGAAACGUAUGAAUAUUACUUAUGAAAUUAUAUUAUUUAAUAUUAAAUACUAUUAAUAUAUACAAUGUUUUCCAAACAGUUUUUGAAAACUGUAAUUUUAUUGGUUUUAAAUCACGUGGUGAGAAAGUGUCAUCUUUCGUGUGUAUCUUAAACUUAAACAUUAGUCCACGACUUCACGACAGUUCACGAUCAACUGCGAUCGACGAUGACGACGGUGGUGUUAUUUGCGGUCUCUUGUCAUAGAACUGAAUUGAUUUUGCAAAUACAAGAUUAAAGAUGUAAUAUUUAUUGUCAUAUAAUUAGAAUAAGAAGAAACAAUGGUAUCGGCCGGUAUUUUGUGUAUUCCAAUUGUUACCGCAUUCUUCUAUUGGAAUAAUUUAAUAUGGUGCUACAUAUUCGGAGUGCUAACCAUAUCAUGUUUCUGCAUGGGAUGUUUGAUUGUUAUAUUCAUAAACAUUGCUCUUUCUCCAAAACAUCAAACUGGUGCAGGCACGUUGAAGACUGUCGCGGAGAUCGAUGCUUUUCAUAAUUUGUUAAUGAAGAGAUACACGAUUCCAACUUCAAAUCCAAAAAAGUAUGCCAAGUACCCAUUGGUUUUCACUCGUAUGGUGGACGGAGCUCUACAGAAUCUAUUGGAUUUAAUUUUUCAAGAUUUCAUUGGUCUCUGGCUUAGUGAACUGGCUUUCAAUUCCGAGCAAACAAUAGACAAUAUGAAACAAGAUCUAUGGGGAGCAAUUCAAAGUCUUCAUAGCCGUUUAUCUAAAGUUGAUCACACAAAAUUAGUUGUUUGUAACAUAGUAAACAAGAUAACUUUUCAUUUUGAAAAGAUUAGAAUUGCUCAAGCAGCUUCAUCAGAAGGUGAAGAUCCAGUAUUUAUUUUAUCAACGCAUUUAAUGUCGCCUACAUCUGAAUUAGAUUAUUUGAGAAGAGUCUCUGAAUUAUAUAUUUUACUUUUGUUACCACGUUCUUAUUCCCUUGUACCAAUAAAAUAUUUAUUAAGGGAAAUUCUGGCAUGUAAAAUUCUAAAACCAGCGAUAGAUUUAAUAACUGAUCCUGAUUACAUCAAUCAAAAGAUUUUAUCUUAUAUUGAUCAACAACAACUUGCUGAAGCGAUGCAUAGAAAAACGUACGAAUAUGCUGAAUCGUUCGAAGACUUUAUACGCAUGAUUAAGAGUUCUAAGGAUUUAGAAGUUUUGAAACAUAUCAGAUACAAUAUUGUUACCGAAAUUAUGCAAGCGACGACAAUACAAAAUGUGAAACGAGCACAAGGUUUAGAUCCAGACAAUAAUGCGUUUGGAAAAUCAGAUGCUAUUCAAGCUAGAAAAUUAAAGAGGUAUAUCAGUCAACUGACGUAUGCUAAAACUACAUGCGAAUGUCACAUGCAAUCAUUAGGAUGGAAUGGAUAUACUGUUCAGGCUAAUGAUACAUUACCAUUGCAAUAUAUCCUGGACAACGUAAUUGGUCGAAGAUAUCUUUCACAAUUUUUGGAACAAGUUGCUAGUCAAGAUUUGAUUGGAUAUUGGGCAGCUGUGCAAGAGUUACGCAAUGCUGAUAAGUCCCAUUGGCAUCAAUUGGGUGCAGAAAUUUUUUAUACCUAUAUUACGUCUCCUACUGCUGAAAUAAAAGUUGACAGAUCUAUUCGGAAAAAGAUGGAGAGUUUUUUGUUAGGUGAUAUAGGGCCUAAUGUAUUCUAUGAAGUGCAACAUAACGUUGUUAAAAUUUUGGAACAGAAAUAUUACCCAUCGUUUGUAGUCAGUGAACAAUAUAAAAAUAUGCAACAAGCAUUACUUAGUGAAAGAACAGAUGAUUUAGCAGAAGAUCGUCGUAUAGCAGAUGGAACAUUAUCAGAAAAUGUGUCCUUACUUGUUGGAGAACAUUCAAAUUACGCUCGUAGUAAAUUGGAUCAGUUACAAGAGAAACUGAACAACAAAAUGCAGGCUUUACAAGCAUUGAAAGCUUCGUUAAAACCGGAAAGCAAAGUUUUGAAUCUCUUGGCUAAGGAAGUUGAGUGGUUGCAAAGUGAGAAAAGGCAACUAGAAGCACAUUUAACUCAUACAGAAAUGUGGGCAGAGCAUCUGGGUCACUGGAGAGCAGAGGUACAAAGCGCAGAAAUACUAGACAAUGGAGAAUCACCACAAUUUGUUUUGGUUGUUCAUAUGGCCGAAGAUGAAAAUAAUAGUGAUAGUAUUUGUAGUGGUUGGGUGGUGUUAAGAAAAUUACAGGACUUUCAAGAUUUGCACAGGAAACUUCGUCAACUCUGUUCUAAUAUAAAAAAUUUAGAUUUACCAUCGCAACCUUUAAAAUUUUUUGGGAAGUCUGAUAAAAACACCUUAGACAAAGCAAAAAUACAAAUUCAAAAAUAUUUAAAUUUUAUUUUAGAAGAUGAAAAACUCAAUCAAAGCGAAGCAUUAUAUACGUUUCUUAGUCCAAGUUCAGAACACUUGAAACAUGCGCCACCAUCUCCUAAAAAAUCUCGUUUUUCCUUAUCAACGUUAUUUAAAACGUCUAGUACUAGCAGUGAUAUUCGUGAUAAGGAUGAUGAAGAGGAUUACUCUCUUUUGUUGGAUGAUACUGAUAGUGCACGAUCAGUUACAGACGGAUACUUAAGUUCCAAUAAAGAUGCAAUAGCAGAGCCUCUAUACACACUUUUGGGUGAAAUUUUUGAUUUAAGAGGGGUAUUUCGGUGGCUGAGGCGAUCAUUAAUUAUUUUCGUUCAAAUUACUUAUGGUCGAACAAUCAAUAGACAAAUCAGAGACACUAUUGCGUGGAUAUUCUCAGAACCAAUGCUUCAUUACUAUGUGCAAUUAUUUACAAAAUCUUGGUGGCCAAAUGGCCACUUAGUAUCUGCUAAUGUUCUUCGUUCGGAUGAAGAAAAAUUAAAGACGCGAGGUGAAGCGCGAAGACAGUUCUUAAACAAUGUACCUGAAGUAUUAACCAAUUUGGUUGGCGCUCGAAGCGCGGAACGUGGGGCGAUUAAAAUUUUCGAUUCUUUGCAAAAUGUGAAUUUAAAUAAACAAUUAUUUUAUGAUAUCUUUGAGAUUGUGAUGUACGAAGUGUUUCCAGAAUUGACAGGAAUAAAACAUUCAUUGCAGUGAAAUAUACCUCUAUGAGUACUUUUUAUACGUAUUGUUUAGAAAUUACUCCUUACACUUUGUAAAAUCAAACCGACAGAAAUUUGCUCACAUAUCUUUAUUUCGCCAUGUUUUAAAUAUUUUCAUAGAAUGUAUACACAAUGUAAACAAUUUUUUUUAUACAUCGCUCUUUUCCAUGCAUUUAAAGAUUUAGAAGAUAAUUUUGUAAAAUAUGAUUGAAAUGUACAUACAAUGAACAUAAUAAAUAUUUAUUUUCAGUCAUCA